AUGGUUCUUCCCUCCCUCUUUGCCAAAUCCUCCAAAAAACACAGGCCCACACCGCACGCCGCCUCCGACACGCCUCCCGCCUCGCCCGACAAGCACUCGCACUCCAAGGUCAAGGACCGGGAACGCUCCUCGCGCCGCUCGAGUUCCUACUCGUCCAAACGCUCCUCCAAGUACGACCACGACUCGCACCCCCUCAACCUCCCCCCCGAAGAGCGCCAGCGCCUCUCCUCGCAGAUGUCCGCCAUGGACCAGCCCACGCCCCAGCCAAUGGACGUGGACAGGGAGCAUUCCUCGUCCCCCGCACCCGCGACCCCGGCUGUAGACGCUCCCAAGACGAAUGGCACCAACGGCGCUCCCGACGGCCCUGCUCCUCCACCACACCGCUACACAAAGAGCCCGCCGCCUCCCACGGCAAAUUAUGCUGCCACGCCCGAGGCUGCCACGCCCCCCGCCCAGCCGCCCACCAUCGACGCCGAGGAAUACAAGGCGGCCGGCAACAAGUUCUUCAAGAUCAAAGACUACCCCAGGGCCAUUGAGGAGUACUCCAAAGCCAUCACGGCCGACCCCGGCAAUGCCACAUACUACUCCAACCGCGCCGCCGCCUACAUUUCCGCAAACCGCUUCUACGAGGCCAUGGAGGACUGCAAGAUGGCAGACGAGCUCGACCCCAACAACAUGAAGAUCCUGCUGCGAUUGGGCCGAGUAUACACGAGCUUGGGCCGUCCCGAUGAGGCUUUGCACGUCUAUGACUCGAUUAAUGCCUCAACCAAGGACAAGCAGCCUGCGCUGACCAUGCAGAAGCACCUACGCAUGGCAGAGGAGACAUCUCGGAACGACGGCUCAGGCUCCAUGGUCAUAUAUGCUCUCAACGAGGCUGAAAGGGGCCUCGGCGCCGGUGUGGACAAGCCAAGAAAGUGGCAACUGAUGCGGGCAGAAGCACAUUUACGAAUGAACAGUGCAAACGCGCUGGGAGAGGCACAGAACGUGGUCAUGUCGCUGCUGCGAUACAACAACCAGGACCCAGAUGCUCUGGUCCUGCGUGGCCGUAUUCUGUACGCUCAGGGUGAGAACGACAAGGCGGUACAGCACUUCCGGCAAGCACUCAACUGUGAUCCCGACUUCAAGGCCGCGGUCAAGUACUUGCGAAUGGUCCAGAAACUGGACCGCAUGAAGCAAGAAGGUAACGCUGCAUUUAAGUCUGGCAGGUACCAAGAGGCCAUUGAUAUCUACUCGCAAGCGCUCGACGUCGACCCUGCCAACAAGAACACAAACUCAAAGAUCCUGCAGAACCGAGCCCUUUGCCACAGCCGGCAAAAGAGCUGGAAACAAGCCAUUGCCGACUGCGAGAAGGCACUCGAACUAGACCCAAGUUAUACCAAGGCACGCAAGACCAAGGCCAAAGCCUUGGGUGAGAGCGGGAGCUGGGAGGAUGCGUUGCGUGAUCUCAAGGCUAUUGCUGAAGAAAACCCUUCGGAGCCCGGCAUUGCCAAGGAGAUCCGCGAUGCUGAGAUGGAGCUGAAGAAGAGCAAGAGGAAGGACUACUACAAGAUCCUUGGUAUCCAAAAAGAUGCAACCGAGACGGAGGUAAAAAAGGCCUACCGGAAGCUGGCCAUUAUUCACCACCCCGACAAGAACCCCGAUGAUGCCGAUGCCGCAGACAGGUUCAAGGAGAUCCAAGAAGCACACGAGACCCUCAGCGACCCCCAGAAGCGUGAAAGAUACGACUCUGGUGCUGAUCUCGUCGACCCGUCCGAUAUGUUUGGUGGCGGCAUGGGAGGAGGCAUGGGAGGCAUGGGUGGUGGCAUCGACCCUGAAAUUCUCAUGCAGAUGUUUGGCGGCAUGGGAGGUGGUAUGGGAGGCGGUCGAGGUGGUGGAGGUGGCUUCCACUUCAGCACUGGUGGCGGCAGUCCUUUCGGCGGCAUGGGCGGUAUGCCUGGAGGUGGCCGAAGCCGGGGACCACCUGGUGGUUUCCCCUUCUAAGGAACUGAGAUACCCGUUGUUCCUGGACGCCCACGACUUACUUUACAGGGCUCACCAAGGCGACCUUUGAUUCAUGUGUAUACCCCUUGGCACGACACAAUUCCGACAGAUCUCAUACAUGGCGUUGGUUAUAGGAGAUGCGCGAGCAGCAGAUUGGUAGGACGGUCGCUUGGUAUCUCAUUCCCUAUAUUUUGGGCUGGUGCGCUGCAUUGCCUGGCGUCUCUCGUUGCUUCAUAUUUUUUUUGCAUACCUUGGGGGCUCGGCAGGGCCUAUGAAAGAUGUCGUAGCGAAUUCAGCAUGCUGAAGAUCAAUCUUUCUAUUUGGACUCUACCGCUAUGACUAUAGCCAGAUUCACGACCAAUGAUGAAGUUCAAGUUUUGCAAG